GUUCAGGGAGAAGGUCCUGUGGACGGCCAUCACCCUCUUCAUCUUCCUCAUGUGCUGCCAGAUCCCUCUGUUCGGUAUCAUGUCUUCAGACUCGGCCGAACCGUUCUACUGGAUGCGAGUGAUGCUGGCUUCUAACCGAGACACCUUGAUGGAGCUGGGAAUAUCUCCCAUCAUCGUCUCCAGCGUCAUCACGAAGCUCCUGGCCGGAGCCAAGAUCACUGAAGUCGGCAACACCCCCAAAGACCGAGCUCUCUUCAACAGCGCCCAAAAGUUGUUUCGCGUGACUAUCAUCAUUGGCCAGGCCGUCGUGUACGUGAUGAUGGGAACGUACGGGGACCCUUUGGAGAUGGGCGCUGGCAUCUGCCUGCUGGUCACUAUCCAGCUUUCCAUUGGUGGCCUGAUUGUCCUGCUUUUGCAUGGAUUCCUGCAAAGAGGGUAUGGCCUGGGCUCUGGGAUGUCCCUCUUCGUUUCCGCCAACAUCUGCGAGAGCAUCGUGUGGAAGGCGUUCAGCCCCACGAGCGGCAUCCUCACCCGAGCCGCCGCCGCCACCGCCGCCGCCGCCGCCGCCACGCUCCUAGCGAGCCCCAGAGCCCUUAAGCGUGAGGCGCGAGCCCCCGAAACCCCCAAACCGCAUUCACAUGCUCAGGCGCACCCCGGCGCCCAGGCCUGCGCCGUGGUGCCCUGGGAGCGGUCCUUCAAGCAGCGGCGGAGCUUCGCCGACCGCAGCAAGGAGGUGCAGCAGGCCCGCCACCAGCACCCCAGGAAGAUCCUGGUGAUCAUCGAGCGCUACCAGGGCGAGAAGCAGCUGCCGGUCCUGGACAAGACCAAGUUCCUCGUCCCGGACCACGUCAACGGGAGCCAGCUGGUCAAGAUGAUCCGGCGCCGCCUGCAGCUGAAGCCCACGCAGGCCUUCUUCCUGCUGGUGAACGACCACGGCAUACUCAGCCUGUCCACGCCCAUCGCGGACAUCUACGAGCAGGAGAAGGACGAGGACGGCUUCCUCUACAUGGUCUACGCCUCCCAGGAGACCUUCGGCUUCUGAGCCAGCAGCCCCUGCCUGUCUGCCCCCCACCCACCGGAGGCUGUGCCCCCUGUCUGGACCUGCCCACCCCUGACAGUUCCCUGGCUCCCCGGUCUACACGU